GCUACCUCGCCGCCGCCGCCUCCGAGCUUUGAGGGCAACGCUGGUUUAGCAUACUCUCAAACGCUGUAAUUGGUCCGAGGAGCUUUUCGGCAGCCAGCCGCAGUCGCCUGCCGGCUGGCAGCUUCUAGGAUUCAGCACAGACCCCUCUGACAGGGACCAGCCCAAAACAUGAUCACCAGGCGACUCUUGGUGAUCGCGGCCACGGCCCGAGCCCUCCACGUCACACCACCCGGGGUGAGACGACGAACGAGACUCGCAGCGGCGACCGUCUCGACAACAACAGAACGGACCCUCGCCGUCGCGUCGAACCGAGGCGAUUUGAGAGCGGCGGCGGAGCUUUGUGGUGUCGCGUUUCCGCCGGCGUCGGCGGACGAGCACUUUCGGGUGCUAAGCGACCCGGCCUGCCUCGCUAAUGUUUUCUUUGAUGUGCGCGGGAGGGCCUCCGUCGCGCUGCUCCGCGAGGACGGCCUGUCGAUCGGCUGCGCCCAGGUCGUGCCUUGUGCUGUCCGGAAGGAGGCUUCUUCCUCUUCUAUAGGUAAACCGGUGCUCUGGGUCCAGUGCCUUUGUGUGACGCCGACCUCACGCCGUACUGGAGCCGCCAGAGCAUUAAUGGCCUGGGCCGAGCGCGAGGCGAGCAGUGCCGCCCAGGCGUCCGGGGUAUCAGAUGCGGAGAUCUGGCUUGCCGUCCAGGAGGCCAAUAAUGCGGCUCGAAGUCUCUAUGAAGGCCUCGGCUUUACGAAUGACGAGGGCGGUUUGCGGCUAGGCCAUGCCGUCAUGCGGAAGAGCGUACCAGCCGCGGCUGCCGCUGUUACAGGGGACCCGCGCGGCCCCGCGGCCUCUUUUGACUUAGUGGCGGCCGAGACGCCAUCAUCAGGACCUCCCUUGGACAAGGCGCUCCAGGAGGCGGCGCCCGCCGGGUUGGUCGGCGUCGUCGCUUUGCUGGGUGCCUCGGCGUUGGUCGCGCCCUUCUGCUACGGCGGCCUCGGAGAACCGGCACCCUUGGCCAUGUGGAAGUCGUGGAUAGGCGGACCCUUCUCAAUAAUCUCCGACGUCGCUCUCGGGUUGGUGGUCGCCUGCGGCGCGGAAUUAGCGAGGAAAACGCUGGCGAACGACGAUGCUGACGACGACCCCGUUGCUGCUUUGGAACAGAACCCGUCGCUCGCGGGCCAAAAAGCCGCUCUGUGGCGCGUCACGGGCGCGGCGACGGCGUCGCCGGCGGAUGCCGUCACGGCGAUUGCGGCCUGGCAGUUGCUGGUGGCGCUGUCCGAGGAGCUUUAUUACCGAGGCUUGAUCCAGAACGGCGCGUACCACGCCGUCGGCGCCGCUACUGGUAGUGGUCUUGUGGGCGACGCCGUGUCUCUCCUAGGAACGUCGGCCCUCUUCGCCGUGGCGCACGCGGGCUUCGUCCAGGACGUCGAGGACGGCGAGGGCGAGAUGUCGCAGUCGGAAAUCAUUCAAGAUUGGAUCGUCGACGUCGCGCCCUUCGGCGCGAUGCUCGCGUUAGAAUUUGCUGUGACGGGUCACAGAAUAGUGGCGCCGUUGGCGACGCACACGGCCCUGAACACGUACUGGUCCGCGCUCGACGCGGCGAAAUUAAGGGCUGCCCCUGAUAGGGAGCGGCUCGCGGCGCUGCUGGGGGAGGCUAAGUCGUGAGUCACAC